AUGUCGACAUCGUCUGAUGUUGAUGACGAUCCUCUAAAUUUACGACAAAAAUUAUCGUUAUUACCGAGUGUUUCAUCAACAACAUCAUCAUUUCAUGAAGAUGAUGAAUAUCGAAUAAAAGAUAUUAAUACAAGGUCGUUAACUGAUUUUAUGAAUGCUGAAAAAAAAAUUUUUCAACCAACAGCAGAAACAGAUAUGAUAAAAAGUCUUAUUAUGUCUAAUGAUAAUCCAAUGGAAAAAUCUUCAUUAUUUCGUUCAUUAAUCGAGCAUACAGAACCAACAAUUAAUGCUCAAGAAUUAACAGAACAUUUUUCUUCAGCAAAACGCGAACAAAAAAAUUCUAAAACUAAUCAAAUUGAUGAACAUCUUUUACGUCCAUUUAGUGAAUGUGUUGAACAAUAUUAUCGAAUACUUUAUCGUGUAUGUGAAUGUACAGAAGAAUUAAAACAAGAAUUACGACAUGUUAAAAGUGAACGUGAUCAAAUGAGUGAAGAUUUGAUCAAUGCUGAAAAUGCUUAUGCCGAUGUUAAAAAACGAAAUGAAAAACUUAAAUUAAUUAUCAAUGAACAUAAAACGAAUACAGAAACAUUAAAACGUUUUUCAGAAGAAUCUGUUCGUUAUACAGAAGAACAAAAACAAAAAUAUGCGGUACUUAAACAACAUGCACAAGAAAAAUUAAAUGAAGCUAAUAAUGAAAUUGAACGAUUAAGACAAACACAUGUAUCAGAAAUCGAAGGAAUACAAACACAAUUACGUUAUGCACAAUUACGUGUACAAUCACUUGAACAAGAAUUAAAAUCUGUUAAACAAGAAUUAGAACAGAAGAAAAAAGAAAAUACUGAAUUGACAAAUAUUUGUGAUGAACUCUUAGCAACUAAUAAAAGAUAG